UAAAUUCUAAAUCGUAACUCAGAAAAACCAGCACACCUCACUUCAAAAAAUACCUCACCUAGCAAGCCCUUAGUUCAUCCGUAAGAUAUAGGAUGUUUUUAUUUGGAAUAUUUUCAAUUUCACACCAGAUCAGGUCAGAUCGGACUUGAAUAGUUACAAAAUACACAAAGAUCAGACAUCUACUAGACCACAUCAAAUUAAACCAUAAAAAUUCAGUCCAAUUAAAAACAACCAUAAACACAAUCAUCCACAAAACCAUAAUUAGUGGCAAAUUUUAAAAUUUCACCAUAUUUUAUAUGACUUAAAAAUAUUUAUACAUAUAGAUAUAGGGAGCGGUUCCAGUGCGAAAGGAUUUUCAAGAGAAAAAUGAGAAUGAAUCUGAAUCGUUGGAUUGUACUAUGUGAAACUCAAUUGUGCGUUUGUGAAACUAAAUGUGCAAUCAGAUGAAAUUGAAAUGUGCAUGAUAAAUUGUAAAAUUCAAUUGUGCAUUAAAUAAAGUUGAAAUGUACAGAAUAAGACACAUAAAUGGUGCAAAACAUAAUUCUAAAUCGUACAUUUUAUUUUACACAUUUCAGUUUCACCCAAUGCACAAUUGAACUUCACAUAAUGUCAUUGUAUCAUACUCUUUGUGUUGCAUAUUUCAAUUUCACCUAAUGCACAUUUCAGUUUCAACUAGUACACAUUAAAUUUCAUACAAUACAAUCUAACGACCUAGAUUCAUUCUCAUUUCUCCUAUGUGAUACUACUAGAAUUUUACUUAUUUGGUGCUACCUAAUUGAUGCGAUUCUUAGUUAAAACGAACAAAAUACUCAAAAUUUAUAACUAUUUGUCGCGGUCGUGGCAUGACCGCAUAAAAAAGUAAAAAUUUUAACUUUUUGCUAGUAUCUCGUAAUUUUUUUUUUUUACUUUUUUGGUGCGAGUAAAGUGAACUGCAAUCACUAAUAUAGAAAAUCGCACUUAUUUACUGCAGUCGUGCAUGGUGGCGCAGCAAAUACUCAGAAAUCCGGCGAACAGAUCUUCCUCCUUCGCUCAAAACAGAUCUACCAGCGCACAAAACCCCAGCCCCCUCCUGGAUACCAGCGCCGCUGCUCGCCUAACCCUCAGCCGUAGAGCAUAGCCUCCGCCGCAGGUCCUCGACGCAGCCGCCGCAGGAAGAAGCCGCACGAAGUCGAGUCAUCCCGCAGCCCAAGAACGCCCUCUUCGGCCGGCGUAGCUCCCUGCCGAGCUCCUCCCCGACGACGGCGCAAGACACCAGUUCACCCGCCAACUUCAUCUUCUCUACAAGACUACAACUCAGUGUUAUCUUUUUAUUAAGGUUUGAUAAUGUUCACAGCUGCUCAAUUGAUAGUAGGCUGAGUGGGAAUAGGCAAGCCAGUGCAUUGAUAAUUGGGAAAAAAAAUUAAGCACCAAUAUCUAGAUGCCUCCCGAAAACCAUAUCAACCGAAAGCCAUAAUGGCAGACUUAAAUCGGAAAUUGAGAGUCAAUGUGAAUUACAAGAAAGCAUGGAGAGCUAAGGAAAAGGCUUGACAUCAAUAUCAGGAACUGAUAAAGAGUCAUACAUGAAAUUGUCGAUUUUAUGUCAUAUGAAGGACGAAAAAACUCAGGAUCUAUUAUAUCUCUCAAUUCUGAUUCUCAGAAUAAUCAAGAACUUGUUUAUGUCAUUGGGAGCAAGUAGACAAGGGUGGCUUGCUUGUAGGCCAAUACUUAGUGUAGAUGGAUCAUUUUUAAAAGCAAAAUAUCGUGGGACAAUAUUUUCUGCAUGGGCUCUUGAUGCAAACCGACAUUUGUUUCCAAUAGCAUUUGGAGUCUGUGAAAAGGAGAACAAAGAAUCAUGGUUGUGGUUCUUUACGAAACUUAAAGCAUCGAUUGGAUAAAGAGAAGAAAUGUGCUUUGUAUCAGAUAGAAACGAAGGUCUUAUUAGUGAUGUGAAAGAGGAAUAUCCUGGUGCUCAUCAUGGGUAUUGUGUGCAACACAUACUUGGAAAUAUAACUUCAAAGCUAGGUGAGAAAAAGAAAAAUAUAAAGUUUUUCAAUGCUACUGCUAGGUCAGCAACAAGCAGAAAGUAUGAAUACUUUAUGAAGUUACUGGACUCCGAAAACCCAAGGAUUCGACAAUAUCUAGCUGAAAUCGAUUUUGAAAAAUGGGCUAGGUGUAAAAUGACAAGAAGGAGGUACUCAAUAGUGACAUCCAAUAAUGCAGAGUCCCUCAAUAAUGUUGAUGUCACUGCUAGGGAGCACCCGAUAUCCAUUUUGGUUGAGUUUAUGAGGCUAAAAUUGCAAACAUGGUUUCAUGACAGAAGAAAAGAAGCCACAGGAAAUGCAGCAACUUUAUCCCCAGAAGCGGAAGCUGUGUUGUAAAUUUGCUAAGAGAUUCUGCUGGCAUGAUUGUGAGUAAAACUUUAUUAAUAGGGUGUAUAUAAUAAUUUGGAAAAGGUAUAUGUUUAAAAAAGGUAUAAAAGCUUAUAAUAUUGAUCUUUUGAAUUCCAGUUACAUUGUUUUUAUGUCAGUGAAGUGUAUUGUGAUUUAUUAUUGUUAAAAUUAUAUUUCAUUCAUAUAUAAUCAGUUAUAUGAUUGUUUUGUAUUUAUUACAGGUAAGACCAAGCACUAUUUUUAAGUAUGAAAUGAUAGAUCAAAGGUGUAGGGCAUUUGUGGUUGGCCUUGAGUCCAGAGAAUGUACUUGUAAAGAGUUUCAAUUAGAGGACUUCGUGUGUGCUCAUGCAGUGACAUCCAUUAGGUCAAGGAGUGGAUUAUCUUGCUAUGACCACAUUUCAACAUAUUACAAGAAUAACACAUGGUUGAAAGCUUAUGCAGGAGUCAUAGAACCACUAGUAGGUGAGUAUUGUGAAGUAGAUGUCCCUAGUGAAGUAAGAAAUCAGAUUAUUUACCCACAAAUAUCAAAGAAAUGGUGAGCUGGAAGACCAAAGAAUAUAAGGAUUCCUUCGAUUGGUGAGUUUGUUAGACGGUAAAGGUAUGGAAGAUGUAAACAAAAUGGACACAAUCAAAAGACAUGCAACAACCCGAUACCACGUCACUAAGGAUCGAGAUGAUAAUGAUAUGUUCAAUGUUAUAUGUAGUUACUAUUUUAAUGAAUAAAUGAAUUCCUUCAAUUGGUGAGUUAGUUAGACGGCAAAGGUGUGGAAGAUGUAAACAAAAUGGACACAAUCAAAAGACGUGCAACAACCCGAUACCACGUCCUAUCACGGUUAAUUCAGUGUUCAACAAAUCAGGCUGCCAUCUAAGGAUGGCUAAGGAAAACGGGGGCUCCAUUCUAGUCCCCAAAUGCCCACUCAAUUUCAAUCUCAACUAUUUUCUCACAUCAUUUUCUAAUUUUGUUGGAUUAUCACAUCUAGAGCAGGAGGAAUCAAUGCAUAUGGAGCAUGUGACUUCGGCAGACACUGAAGAAAUCACCAUCUCCAAACUCAUUUUUAAUUUUGAGGUUCAUAGAGCCUACGACGAGAAGCAGCAACCCAUCUCCUUUGAGAAACAAUCUCACCCUAUGGUUACCAGAAGUCAAUGACGAAGUCAUAAAAUAGAUAACUUCACAGAAGGAUUGAUAACUAAAAGUCAAUAAAAAAUGCUCCAAGAUGAUGAAGACUAUUACAUCUACCCGGAUUACUCAAACUAUGAUUCACCUCAAAAGCUAGUAUCCGGACUUGAUUGCUAUAAGUCAGCACACCCAGAUGCAAAGUCGUACCCUCCUUAUCUCCAACGGGCUAUCCAUUUUCACCAUAAAUACAUUUGGGUGCUCUCAACCGUUGUAGGUGUGCCUACAACGAAUGUUAUUUGUUAACUCUUUCUCUUGUGACUUUAUCUUGUACUUUCCUUUAUCGAACUUUGUACUUGUAAUCCUUUUCUUAAUAAAUUGGAAACUGUUCCCCGGUGCUUUCCCC